AUGGGCUUCUUCUGUUUUGCACGCUUCAAGUAUCUAUCUGAACGCGUUCUGGCAGCUGAACUUACCCCCGGAGAUUGGUACUGGUUCCAUAAUGGCAUGAUACACAUUGGGUUUAUGCUGCACCUUGCUACUAUGCUACCGGCUGGCUUGUUGAUGAUACUGCAAUUCAUCCCUCGCAUCCGAUACAAGGCCAUACUUUUCCAUCGUCUGAAUGGCUAUGUUGUGCUUACAUUGUCACUUAUCGGAAAUGCGACAGCCCUAAUUAUUGCUCGCCAUGCUUUCGGCGGUGAUAUGGGAUCACAAACCUGCACCGGAUUUCUCGCCCUUGCGUCGACUAUCGCCAUGUCAAUGGCAUGGUGGAAUGUCCGUUGUUUACAGAUUGAUUUACACCGAGAAUGGAUGCUUCGCGCUAUGUUCUGGAUGGGAUCCAUUGUCAGCACGCGUAUUAUCAUGCCGCUCAUGGCCAUAAUCCAGACGGCACUAGGCGGAUAUUUCUUUGCAUGGCCUUGUGAUGAGAUUAAGUUCAUCCUCAAAGAUCGUCCAGACUUAAUGGAGUCGCAAUAUCCACAGUGCCUCACUCCCAAUGGCACAACGAACGGGUGGGUUGCUGUGGAGGGUGAUCUGGAUUUUUCAAAUCCAGCAGGAUUGGGCGCAGUUUUUGACACUAAUUUUGGAGCAGCGUUGUGGCUAGCCUUGAUGCUUCAUAUGAUAGGCGUGGAAAUCUAUUUAGCUUUGACGCCAGUGGAGAGAGAGCGGCUUCGUAAAGUAAGCUACGAACGACAACUUGCCGCUGGAUAUAAAAACCCGGGGAACUGCGGUACCACGAUUUCUCGAUGGGGUGAUAUUGGUUCCAAUGAAACUGCUUGA